AUGACAACAAUAACUUCUCCAAGAGGAAGGAAAGAAGUGGUCCAUUGCAGAAGAACAGAAUCACAAGAUGUUUACUGUAUUAAAAGUCUCAUCAGAAAGUUUACAGAAAAGCUUUUUGGGAGGAUUAAUAUCAUUUAUCUUCUAGAAAAAGCAAAUCUUGCGAUUACUCUCUGCAAUGAAAGGGAGGAGAUCAUGGCCCAUGCUGCUUUCUUGGACUAUCCCAACUGGAAUAUUUCCACAGAGGAUGAUUGGUUGCCACUCUUCUCUGAACUUGAUAGUGAACUCCAAUGCACACCAUUGAAUACAUUGUUUAUGCAUCUUUUUGUGUCUGUUGAAGAAUAUUCCAUUGCCUGUUGCAAAGAAAUUAUUAGGACAGUUUUUAAGGCAGUGCCAGAACUUCACUUCAUAUUUCUCGUAAUUCCAGCCUACAUGAGUUUAGGUUCGGCUUUAGUAACUGUGUUUGAACCAAUUGGGGCAGUUCCAUGUUUAACCUUUGAGGAUGAAUAUUGUAUAUAUAUAUGUCCCAGACAUCACCACUGCCCUCAGCUGUUCAUUCGCAUAGCCAGGGUGGAAGACCAUGAUGAUCUCAUGCCAAUUUUUAUGCGUCAUGAUACUUCUCUGAAAGAAACCUAUGGUGAAUACUUUCUUGCUGAAUUGAUAGAUGCCCAAGAUGAAGAGAAUUAUUCUGUUAUAUGUGAGGAUGCAGAAAUUCCUUUUUCUGAAGCAUCAUCCGAUUUUGGAAAAUCAUCUAAAGCAAGCCUAAUAAUUGAUGAAGAAGACUUUCGGCCUGUUUAUAAAGGUGAAUCAUCUGCUUUCUGUAUCCAGCUGUUUUGUAUUGAUGAGAAAUACGAAACAAGGUCAUUGGAUUUUAUGCAGUUUGUUUUUGGCCUUUUUCCUCAUAAAGACUUCUGUGUUAUUUCUGUUCCUCAUCUUACACCCGAGUUUAUUCUGAUCCAGAAUUUCAUUAGGAUUGUUCCUUUCAAUAACUCCAUUCUUGAUAAUGAUCUCUAUGUUUUUCACCGUGCUGGAUUGCUCAAGUCAAUUAAUAUAAGACUAGCAACUACCAAUGAUCUACCUGGUAUUGAAAAUCUCAUCAAAACACUUAAUCUAAAUCAAAGCAUAUUAGAGGAUUAUUCAAAAUAUAAUAUGUUUCGAAGAGAUCGGGAUGGGACAAAAGUACAGACAUUUGUUGCUGAAGUUUUAAAUCAGAUAGUUGGGGUUUCAAUAAUCAGAGAUGAAAUGGAUAUAGAGUAUAUUCGGUCACAUUAUAACAUUGAAGAUUUUAUUUACUAUGCUCAUCACCAACGAGAAGAACAUGGUCAUGUGCACCAUUUUGUUUUAAAUCCCAUAUUCCAACACUAUACUAAAUAUUUUCUGAAGGAGAUUCUUCGUUUAAGCUUUAAAAACUGCCUCUACUAUCCAAUUUAUCCACAGACCAGGGAAGGCAAGUUUCAGAAUCCCUAUGCCCAUUCCCUGACAUCUGCCCUUCAUUACUUGGUUCCCGUGCGACCAAGACGACAGAUUGUCUAUCCUCUGGAAGAGCUUGGCAUAAAUGCUCCAUCAAAGGAGGUCUCCAAGGAUCAGCCACCUUAUGCACUGUACCACACAAAUAGAAAAUUAAUGCUAGAGCCUAAAGUGACCAUCAAUGCCAGAAUUGUGGUUGUAGGAGCAUCCAAUGUUGGGAUUUCUUUCUUAGAAACAUUGGUUUUCUGCCCACACCUGAAGUUUAAUAACCUUACCCUGAUUUCAAUACAUGGACUUCCAGGAAAAAAUCUUCUUCACACUGGACUGAGAAAAUUUUUAGCAAGCGACCACUGUUUUAAUGAUAAAGAUUAUGCAUUGAUGUCACUUUGUUCCUGGGUUAAUGUUGUGGUUGGUAAAAUGAUUGGCAUAAACAGAGCUGCCAAGCACGUCAUCCUUUCCAAUGAAAAGAUAGUGCCAUAUGACCACCUCAUCCUCUGUACUGGGCAGCAAUACCAGAUCCCAUGUCCCACAGGAGCUGACAUCACAAAACUAUUGACUAACAGAGAGAUCCAAGAGGAGAAAAAGCAAAGAUACACUGGCAAAAUCCCUUCUAAUCUUUUCACUCUCAAUGAUGAGGAGGACUGCUUAAAGGCACUGAAAUGGCUAAAAGAGAACUUUGUGUUUUCAAAAGGGAAUGUCAUCAUCUAUGGGAAUACAAUCGACAUUUACACCACUAUUGAAACCCUCUUAUAUAUUGGAAUUAGCGGAAGUAGGAUAUACCUAGUACAGCCUCCACUCAAUUCUAACAUUUCUUGCAUUAACAACUUUACUGUGGAAAAUGCCGUCCAGGAUGCUUUGCUGUACAAUGAUGUAACUAUCUAUCGAGAGGCUAUUCUUGCCCAGUGGAAUGAUGGCGAAUAUCCUGAUCCCAUAACAUGUGCUUCCUUCACCACAACAACAAAACCUUUUAAAAUACCGUGUGAUGCAUUCUUCAGCUUUCAUGAAAAGAAUGUGGAUUAUGAGACUUUCAAAGCCCUUAAUGAUUCAUGUCUUGUCUAUGAUGGAAGACUUGUGAUUGAUACCACUUUUCACACAAAUGACAUAACUAUCCGAGCUGCAGGUCCUCUCACCAAGUUCUCCAAUAGAUAUUAUGCAAAUGAGUGGACACACAGUAGCUUCAGUUCAAAAGAAAUUGGCUUCCAGCUUGCUGCAACCAUGCUGACUCUCUUUGAUCCAACUCUGGAGCCGGUAAUUGAGCCACCAGGGGACCUGGAUAGACUUAUUCCUAUGUAUAAAGGAGCUAAGAUGAAAGGAGGUGUUCUUCCUGGACCAUUUCAUUAUUUGCAUGUUGCCAAACCAAUGAUCCCAACACCCUUGGAAGUACAAAUCUCUCAGGGUGACUUUGGUUUACAAAUAAUAACAGGCAAAGCAAAAAAAGGAAAUUACUUUAGAAUUCAUGUUAAUAAGUAUCAAAUGGUGGAGACUAUCACCUGCCUUUCUAUCAAACCAUUUCCUGCCUCCAACUACAUCGCUUUGUUUGGACAGCAUGAGCAAGUCCUCAACAACCUGUGUUCUCGUUACAGUGAAGGUUUGAUUACGGAUCUUUAUAGCUUCUUCGAAGAACCUUGGGCCAUGGCCAUCUUUCAUGAUCGUUUUAUUGAUCUUAAGAAAGAACUCCGUGAAAUCCUAGCAUCCAAAGAGGAGGAAGAACUCCCCUCUGUUGAAAUUUUAGCUCGACAGUUAGUAGAUGAGGAAAUAAACCUGUGUGAAAAGCCGAAGAAAUACCUUCAAAAGUUCUUUCAGGAAACUAUCUUUAAAGCAGAGGUGGAAAAAAGCAUCCUUGACUUCCUGCACUAUAAUAAAUACCAUCUGCCUAUGUAUGCAUGGCCAGGGAUUAUCUAGUUA